AUGGCCAAAGACAAGACCGAAGACGCUUCCUUGGCGAAAAAGGAAAAGAAAGACAAAAAGGACAAGAAGCGCAAACACUCUGACAUCGACCCUUCUUCUACCACCGCAGUCGAGAAUGACGACGUAGUCGAGACGCCCGCGAAGAAGGAGAAGAAGGAGAAGAAAGAGAAGAAGCGAAAGUCUACGGGCGCUGCCGAGUCGGAGAAGGCGGUGGCGGUGGUGGACGAAGACGGCGAUGUCGCGAUUGAAGAUGUGAAGGAGGAGCAGGACAGCGAGGACAAGAAGAAGGAUGUGCCGUUGGCAGCGCUAGUACCGUUUGCGAAUCCCCUGUGUGGGGAGAAGGAGCAGAAGAAGGUGUUGAAGGGGGUGAAGAAAGCCGCCAAAAACAAAGCGCUCAAACGCGGCGUAAAAGAAGUCGUAAAAUCCAUUCGGAAAUCCCCCCCCGCUAACCCGGCAACCCUGACCUCCGCCCCGACUGCCACAACCCCAUUACCCCACGGCAUCGUAAUCCUAGCCGCGGACAUCAGUCCCAUGGACGUGAUCUCACACAUCCCCGUCCUGUGCGAGGAUCAUAAUAUCCCUUACCUCUAUGUCCCCUCGCGAGCGGAACUCGGAGCGGCGGGAGCGACGAAGAGGCCCACGAGUGUGGUUAUGCUUGGGCCGAAAGUGGGCAAGGGGGUGGAGGGGCCGGAAGCGGGGAAGGAGUGGGAGGAGGGGUUUCGGGAGGUGUGGAAGUUGGCGGUCAAGAUGGGGAUGGAGGUCAAGGUUUAG